GUAGAGCGAGAGGGGGGAGCUUUUGAGAUGAAUGCCAUCACAUCCUUAUUUUUUAUGGUGUAGAGACUUGGAGAGACGAGAGACUUCUUGGGCACAUCCUUCUUUCUCUCGAUGUCUUUGCCUUGGUCAUGGUGAAUUUACAGAGCAGGAGAAGACAGCUUUUGGAGUUGGAGCUACCGGUUACUUUUUAAUGGAGAGGUAAGGUUCAAUCCUUGAGGAGAUGGAUUUACACUGUAGUUUUCCUUGCCAAUGAAGCAUUGAACAGAUGUUGCUCAUAUAUGUGCUGUGUUCAGCCAUGAUGACAUAUGCCAGGUGUACAGUGGCCUCCUAGGUAGUAAAGGAAGAUGAUGAUGUUGAAGCCUCUCCACAAUACUACCACCCUUUUUUUCCUUCAUUUUUGGGAAAAAUCUUCGCAGUACUACUUACUUUAUUAUCCUCAAGUUAAAUUUCAUUCAAUCAAUCCAGAAUUUAUGGGUUCUGUUGAUCAUCAUACUAAGACAACUUUCGGAGUUCAGCAGCCUUAUACAAUCAAGCUCACCAUGUCAUCUCCAGCUUUGGUACUAGUAGUGCUUCUUAUUCUUAUAUAUCAAUUUCUCUGAUCUAUGUGGAAAUGGAGGCUAAAAUCUACAUUGUUGUAAUUUCUGAAGAUUGCAUCUGCAAUUGCUUUCAUGCACCUACCAUGAAGCUAGGAACAUUCUGCCCACUGAAAUCAUGCAUGCAGUAUCUUGAUUGCCAGAGGAAGUCUCUCUUACCUCGGUUCUCUGUUCACUUGCUUGUGUCAUCAGUUAUCUUGGAGAUGCAUUGAAUCUUACAACAGGCUGGCUAAAUUUAUUCCACUCACAGAGAAAUCAAGAUAGCAUCUUGAAUGACUAGAUAUCAGAAAAGGGACCAUAGUAGCGCUGAUACGUACUCGUAGAGUGGAAAUGGAAGCAAUCCGACCACUGGUUUGUGGAGGUGGACAUGAGAUGAUAAGGAUUCUGAUCACAAUCAGCACUCCUUUGCAGUGCAGAUUACCAAGAAAGUUGCUCUGAACUUUAAACGAGCAAAUUGCUGCAACAUGACGGUUCUUCUCAUGGAUCUUGGACUUCCACAUCUCAGAGACAAGCAGAACUUUAGGUGUUUGGCACAUAUCAUGGUAGGCUCGACCACUUCAUUCCCGAGUCAUAGGAGGAGAAACACUCCUUUUGCUCUAGUUUCGAUGUCCCAGGGGACCCUGUUUGCACUGCAUGAGCAACCGCAUGAACGUAUCAGCGCCAUGCCACUGCUAAACUAGCUGUGUAAUCUUGUGACUUGUCUGAUGAUAAGAGCAUCUGCAGUAUAACCUCGUCAUGCUGCUUCUUAGCCCUGGGAAUCUUCUGUGGUGCCUCUCCUGUGUUUUUAAUUGGUCUGCAACUUGACAGAAGCACUCUCUCGGAUCUUAGACAAUGUCGAACAGGCAAGGUGCAUGGCAUCAACUUGCAGUCGGCCAGGAUCAACAUGGUCCUAACUCCACUCCUGUGGCAACUUGCUAAAAGUUAUGUUGAGGAAUCUUGGCAUGUGGACGAUGAACCAAAGCAGUUUUCAUCUCAAAAGAUACCCUAAGAUAUUUAACAGUGGAAACAAAUCUGCUUCGAACUCUUACUAUUGUGUUUUCCUGCUCUUACACCAUUGGAGGAAGACAACACCUCAGAUUAUACAUGAUGUCAUCGCCAUAUGUUAUCAUAGUUGCCAGAAAGCUAGGAAGAUCAAUAAUACUCUAUCGAUCUUUAUGGACGAAAAAAGUCGAGAUCAGAUCUGUAAGUUCUCCACAAUACAAACAGAUUUUGAUGAGAGAGUUGGUAUGUAAAACAAAGCAUAUUGGUCACUCCGCCAAAAAAAAGGAAUCAUUUUAUGACCUGAGAUCUUAAUCUCGUUCCUUUCCAUUUCCAAGCUAUCUCCCAAUAUUCGCUACUGAACUUGAACCGAUAGACAAUUUGAUAUCACCUUGGCAAGCGUUCAGAAAGAUCAAGAACAGCCACCUGAUCAGCAAUUGUAUGACAUGCAUGCCAUGGAACGCUUGCGAGCUCCUCAUCUUUCUAAAGCAACUUGGUAGAGACUGCGAACACAGAAGGGAAUCCAGUGGAGAAGGGAAUCUCUUCGCAGUAAAAUAAAGGCUUGCAGGCCACAUGACCUCGUCCCUUGGCCCGGGAACGAGGGAGACAGAUAAGGUCGAUUAGAUACAGCAGAGCGCCGAGGCCUUCUCUAAACGGAAAGCAACAGCUGGGUGUCAUUCAGUUCCCUGUUCUUUUUGUACAGUAGCAUCUUUAUUGUGAUCUUAUUCUUAUCACAGAUCACGAACAUGAAGAGGCACAGAUGCAGAUGCUGUACUGUCCUUUCUCAUGAAAAGAACCAAAAGUUUAUGAUAAUAACAGCCUCUGUUUCCAUCCUAAUUAGGCAGUCUUGUGGUGAACUCCAUGCAAUUUGCAUUCAGUAUGUCAAGAUGAUUACAGAGAAAGAAAGAGGAGAGAACUGUGGGAAGGAAGAAAGCUAAGAGACAGAAGAAAAGAACAUAUCCUUUCUACUCCAAAGAAGUGGGUUGUGAUUCUCCCACUUCCCUGCACACAACUUUAUGUAUUCUUUUCACGGUCUUUGUGGCUGUGAGAGGUCCGAGGCAUCCAUUAUCGUGCCCUUCCUAGUCCUUAAAAAGGAGACCCAACGUAACCUCACAUGCAAAGCCUACUCCCUUCCGGCUCAUAAGAAGCACCGCCCGGGCAGAUGCCUUCCCCAUAGGGAUCAGCUCGAGCAAGAGCUCAGACAGAGUCUCCACUCCCCCCCCACUCCCUGAGAUGGCAUCGGGUUGGACCGCGAAGGAGAACAAGACGUUCGAACGGGCCCUCGCGGUGUACGACAAGGACACCCCCGACCGCUGGCACAAUAUCGCCCGGGCCGUCGGCGGGAAGACGGCGGAGGAAGUGAAGCGCCACUACGAUCUGCUCGUGGAGGACAUUCGCCGCAUCGAGGCUGGCCAAAUGCCGUACGUCCAUUACAAGUCCCCCGGCAGCAGAGGUUGAAGUAUUUGGAGCUUAAUUGGAGCACAAACUAGCAUGCAGUUGCUUUGUCUAUGUGAAGCAAUAUGGCCAUUUCUCUUCUCUGGGCAUCAGUUAUUAGAAUGUUAUUCGACUAUAUGAAGACCAAAUCUCACUGAACUCAGUAUCAGUUUCUCUUAUUUAGUUUUCUUUCUCCCUUCUAUCAUGUACUCUAUAGAGACAUCGUACUCUUUAAAGGCUACCGUUAUUAUAGGCAUAAGAGGUAUGCUUGCUUUGUAA